AAAGGAAAAUGUGCACUAGCUUAUUGGGCUCAUGUUUCUUCCUCUGGCUGCGGUUCCAAGAACUUGAGCAGGUAAAAUUAGCAAGCAAACAUGAGCACUGAGAAAUUAUUUUCUCUGGAUCUUUGUUGUCAACAACUAUUACUUGAACGCAGCAUUUUUGUUUACGACCAAAGCAAAUCCCAGUUUUAGCAUUCCUGGGUAAAGAAUUCCCUGGGAAUGGAGGAAAAUGAUUAUCUCAAGAUGUCGUCCAGAGACGCAGGACACAGAGGAACCCCUGCAGAAUCUUCCUGGUCUUGGAUUCCACUGAUGAGGGAUCCUGGCUGGAUCCGAAAUGUUUGGACUCGUAACUUGAACGCACAAACCAUGAAUUACGUUGGGCAGUUAGCAGGCCAAGUAUUUGUUACUGUGAAGGAGCUCUACAAGGGAUUAAAUCCUGCCACGCUAUCUGGAUGUAUUGAUAUAAUUGUUGUACGUCAGCCAGAUGGAAAUCUUCAGUGUUCCCCUUUCCAUGUGCGCUUUGGGAAAAUGGGGGUUCUGCGUUCUAGAGAGAAAGUGGUUGACAUAGAAAUUAAUGGAGAAUCUGUAGAUUUGCACAUGAAACUAGGGGACAACGGAGAGGCAUUUUUUGUACAGGAAAUGGAUAAUGAUCAGGAGGUAAUUCCUUACCACCUCGCUACAUCCCCCAUUCUAUCAGAAGGAGCUGCUCUGAUGGAAUCACAGCUGAAGAGGAACUUGAUAGACAGGGUGAGGAAUCUGGAAUCCACUGGAUCCUCACAGGUAUCAAUCCCCAGUCUUGCUUCCCAGUCUGCUAUAGAAAGCUCCUCGAUUUGUGUCUCUGUGAAGAAAAGAAGGAAGAGGAGGAGGAAAUCUACCCAUAAACUUGACAGUUUAAAAAGAGAAGACACGUCAGAAGAUGAAGAAAUGUUUUCUAUACAGAUUAGUUCAGAGGAAGAGAAUGAGCCCGUGGACAAUAUGAGGAUAUCUGUUACGGAUAUGUUUAGUGAAGAAGUGUCUGAGAUAAAUGCUUCUGCAAUCAGUAUGCUUUCGCAGUCUGUACCAUACACCCAUUCAGAUGGAGAGUGGUCACCCCUUCAGAGUAAGCCUUUUGAUUGCACAGGGCCAUCCUCCCAUCUCACUGUUCCAGCAGACGGAGGCCUAUCUAGUUCUUGUCCUCAUCAAUCCUCUCACUUCCCUGCUAUAGACAGUCCCUCAAGUUCACGCCCUCCCACUCCUAAGAGCGAUUCAGAAUUAGUCAGUAAAUCCUUGGACAGGGGGAUGCAGAAGAAUAACCCACAAAUGCACUGGGCCUGGGGAGAACUACCUCAAGCUGCAAAGUCCACUUCUCUACUCAAGGCAAAGGAAUCCAGCAUGGUGAAUGUAAAUCCUUCGGAAAGCACUCAUUUUCGGGUAAUUCAAAGUGAGUCUGCAGAGGAGAUAAGCAGCUUGACUGCUUUACCUACCAUUGGACAGGCAGCUGUUGCGACUUCCGAUGAAAAUGACUCCCAGCCAGCGCCAGCCGAGAUAAGUGAACCAGAGAUAGAGGCUCUAGGAGCAGCUGCACCAUCACUGCCUGAAAAUGAAGAAAUCAAACAAGCUGCAGCUUGCUUAGUCCAGCAAGCAAGCAAAAUAGAUUCCCCUUCUAGAAAGAAAGAUAAACGAAGCCGGCAUCUUGGUGCUGAUGGUGUCUAUUUAGAUGAUCUCACCGACAUGGAUCCAGCAGCUGCUGCUCUUUAUUUCCCCAAAAACGGUGAUAAUAUUGCACACGGAAAGAAUGCAAAUGAAAAUGGACCACGGUCAGCCAAUCAAUCCCCUCACUCUGGUGGAAGUUCAGGUGUUGACAGUGGUGUUGAAGGCAUCUCGGAUGGUAUAAGAGACUUGCCUUCAAUUGCCAUUUCACUCUGUGGAGGUCUUAGUGACAACAAAGAGAUAACAAAAGAUCAGUUCUUAGAACAAGCAGUAACGUAUCAGAAGUUUGUGGACAAUCCUGCUAUCAUUGACGACCCCAACCUUGUGGUUAAGAUUGGAAAUAAGUACUACAACUGGACCACAGCUGCUCCACUUCUACUGGCAAUGCAAGCAUUCCAGAAACCUUUGCCAAAGUAUUCGUGCUUCAGUUACUUCAGUGCAGUUCUGGAUGCCAUUAGGUUUUGCUUUUAUAAAAUUUAUGGCCCACAGACAGCCACUGUGGAAUCUAUUAUGAGGGAUAAGAUGCCCAAGAAAGGCGGAAGAUGGUGGUUUUCAUGGCGAGGAAGGAAUAGCACUGUCAAAGAGGAAACCAAGCCAACACAAGAUUUGAGUGGGAAUGUGCUUACUACAGAAGAGGAGUUAUCACAAAUGAGCAUUGCAGAAAGACUAAAGGAUGAAUCUUCUUCAAGUGAUGAAGACCCGAGAGCUGCAAAACCAAACAUUGGGUCAUUACAAACAAACUCAAGUCAUCUCUCAUUAUUAUCAGGAAUCAGUUACAAAAAGACCCUUCGACUCACUUCUGACCAGCUUAAAAGUCUAAAGCUCAAGAAUGGCCCUAAUGAUGUGAUCUUUAGUGUUACGACACAAUAUCAAGGCACGUGCCGCUGUGAAGGCACCAUCUACCUAUGGAAUUGGGAUGACAAGGUUAUUAUUUCUGACAUCGAUGGAACUAUCACAAGGUCAGAUACUUUAGGCCAUAUUUUGCCCACUCUUGGCAAGGAUUGGACGCACCAAGGGAUUGCAAAGUUGUACCAUAAAGUGAGCCAAAAUGGGUACAAGUUUCUGUAUUGCUCGGCACGUGCUAUAGGAAUGGCAGACAUGACGAGAGGAUAUUUGCACUGGGUCAACGAACGAGGAACAGUGCUACCUCAAGGACCUGUGUUGUUAAGUCCAAGCAGCUUGUUCUCAGCCUUUCACAGGGAAGUGAUAGAAAAGAAGCCAGAAAAAUUUAAAGUUCAGUGUCUGACAGACAUCAAACAUUUGUUUCAUCCGAACACAGAACCCUUUUAUGCUGCCUUUGGAAACAGACCUGCCGACGUUUAUUCCUACAAGCAAGUGGGGGUCUCUUUAAACAGAAUAUUCACAGUUAAUCCCAAAGGAGAACUUAUACAAGAGCAUGCAAAAACCAACAUCUCAUCUUACGUCAGACUCUGUGAGGUGGUUGAUCACCUGUUUCCUUUGCUGAAAAGAAGCCAUUCUUCAGACUUCCCUUGUUCUGAUACCUACAGUCAGUUCACGUACUGGAGGGAACCACUACCACCUUUUGAAAACCAGGAUAUUCUUCCAUCCUCAUCUUAAAUUCACCUACAGCCUCUUGGCCUCAGUUCAAAGGACUGGUCAUCUUAUAUUUAAAGGACACAGCUUGGUUUUUGCCUUGGACAGAUCAGCUGGAAUAUGUGCUAUUGUGAGCAUUGUAUUCAUUUGUUAAAAGCAAAUUUGGAACUGUGUUUCCAUGCUUAAAGUCACCUUUCCAAUGAUUAGGAAUGGGAGUGGUGGUUCCAACUUCUCAGCCAACAUGCUCAAAAUGUGCAACAGUCUUCUUAAAAAAAAAGAUCAAUUACAAGUGCAAUGAUACUGGUUUUCAGUUAAAAAUACGAUAAGAUUUAGUUAAAAAACCCCACCAGUGGUUCUCAACCUUUUCCACACCAUGUCUGCCAUGAGCCACCUUCCCAUUGAGCCACAACCCCCUUCCAUUUAGCAGGAUGGGAAGGGCAGGGUUUCAACACUCUGACACCAGUUUGUAUGUCUGUCUGUACAGGUUGCAACCUCUGUCAAAUUAAAAAUCCCUCAUUUAAAAGAACGGACAGUAAUCCCCUCCCAAACAAGCAUAGGAUCGUAUAAGAGUUAUUGGGACAAAACUUUAGCUGGUUUAAAUUGGCUUUUUUUUUUCUGGGAAAUAAAUAAUGCACACUGUGAAUUGAAAGUAAGGGAAAUAAAAACAUGUUAUCUGAUUCUGUCAUCCCUACUCACCUUGAGCAGUACCUUAAUCCAAAAGCAUUUGGAUUAAGGCAAAGUGUAAGUAUACAAGUGGAAGAAUUCGACCCAUUAGGUGAAAUCUUGGCCUGGUUGAAGUAAAUGGCAAAACUCCUGUUGCCAUCAGUAAGGUCAAGAUUUUACCCAUUGAUUGCACUGAGUUGCACUUUGCUGGAGCUGACAGCUUCAAGGGAUUUGUCACAACUGAAAAGUAUUUCGUGAAGCAUUUUCUAUGGCUAAAAUGUGAACUUGCUGCUGGUUAAGGAUGUAUCUCAUGAUUUCAGUUGUGUGUGCUUUGCAGUACAUCUGGCCAUCUUUGGCAUCAAUGAAAUCUUCCUUUUUGUUUUCAGUUCUGUACCUGAAAAGUUCUUUUCUCAUUUGCACAGACACUGGUUGUAGGUACUGCUCUUUUAUGUUACUUACUUUUCAAUGCCUUAAAUUUUACCUGUGUGCAUUGGAGUCAAUAUUGCAGAUCAUUUGAGAGCAUUUUUCAAAUAAUGUACUGCAGUACUUUGCUUUAAAUUGUAACUGCAACUGGCCAUUUGCCAAAUGAUCAAAACAUUUGUGUUUGGAGAUAAAUAAUAAAAUGAUUAUCUUUUUUUAUUUUUAAAGAUAUUUGGCUGGGGGUAUGUCCAAAGCAUAAUUGCUUUCUGAAAAUGGUAUCAUGGGAUUCCAUAUUUAGUGUAUUUCAGUUUCUCCCGUGUUAAAUUUGCUCAGUGUAAAAGGAAAGGCUAGACCCUGCUCCUGAUUUAACUCAAUGGAAGUUUUGCCACUGGCAGUGGGAAAUAGAUUGGUGCCCCAAAAUAUGGAUUUUUCUAACUGCUGGCCCUGCAUACUGACUCAUUUUGGAUGUUAAAGUCAAGGGGCCAAUUCACAUUGCUCUGCAUCUUGAGAAAUCAUUUACACAAGUGCCCAAAGACUUUCCUUCUUGUGCAGCAUCACUGGAUCUCUGACCCACGAAAAGAAUAUUUCAGGUGCAUGUAUGCUGUACUUAAGUCAGAAUUAGUGCACAAGGAGGAAAAACUCAUUUUGAUUUUCAGUUCGUAGGUCAAGUGUGCUGGGCUGGCAGUUUUAAACAAAAACAAAUAUCUUUUUUAUUGUAAACUGAACAAAUUUGGUAUUGAGUCCCUGAGACACCAUCAAUGUGGGCCUCAGGGUGCCAAUUUUAGAGAGUCAGUCUCUAAGUACAACCACACUGUAAUUUAUAUGAUGUGACUCUUGGCUGUAUAAGCAAGGGAUUAGGAGUAGUGAUGUGAUUUUCUCUGUAUAAAGCCUCAAUGAGACCAUUGCUACAAUAUGUCAUACAGGUUUUGAUGACCACAUUUUAAAAAGAUGUUGAAAAAUGGGGAAGGGUUCAGAAAAGAGUUACAAAAAUGAUUCAGGGAAUGGAGAAAAUGCCUGAGAGUGAGGGACUUAAAGGGCUUAGUCUGUUUAGUUUAGCAAAAAGAAGAUUGAGAGGUGAUUUAAUUGCAGCAUAUGAGGAGGAGAAAAUCUAGCAGAGAAAGGAAAACAGGAACCAACAGCAGGAAACUGAAGCCAGACAAAUUCAAAUUGGAAAUAAGGCACCAUUUUUUAACAUGGGAGUGUGGGUUCUCCAUCUCUUGAUAUCUUGAAAUCAGGGCUGGAUGCCUUUCUAAAAGAUAUGUUUUAGCCAAAUACAAGUUAUUAGGCUCUGUAGCAAAGCGAGACACACCGGUGUGGCACCACCUGCUGGUCGUCUUGAGAAUUAGCUCGAUUCCAGCCCAGAGCGCCCUCUGCAGGCUGGUGGCUCACCUGCCUCAGGCCCCAUGUCCAUCCUGGACCCCGGUGCCCCUUUACCUCCAGGUUCUGCCCCGGCAGUACCCCCUCCCAGGGAAACCCCCCACCCUCUAAACCCACCUUGCCUCAGUGGCUACUGCCAGUCAUCAUCUAGUCCCCGCUCACUGGGGCAAACUGCAGUCUGUCAUGGCCACUCAUUGGCAAGGAGUUGGACCAGCUACCUCUGACUAUCCCUGGGCUGCACCUCUGCAACCCCAGUACCUGCUUUGGCUUUUAGCAAGGCCCACAGCCUGGGGAUUUGCCAGGCUGGAGCUCCCCAGCUCCUCUUGCCUUUCCCCAGCACUGCCCUGCUUCAGAUACCAUCCUCUCAGGCAGCUAGCCUUUCCCACUCCAGGGCUAGAGUGAGACCCCCCCCAAUUCCUGGCCCCCGGCCCUCUUAUAAGCUGGCCACACUUGUUGUCAGCUACUCCCUCAGCUUCCCCCAGCUGUUCUCACUCCAUUUCCCAGCUGCAGCCAGGGCUGCUUUUAACCGCCGUUCUGCGAGAGUGGGGAGAUGACCCACUACAGGCUCAAUACAGGGGUAUAAAAUUUAAUCGCCUGUGAUAUACAGGAAGUCAGGAUGGAUGAUCUAAUGACCCCUGCUGUCCUUAAGCUGUAUGAAACUAUGAAAUAUUCUUUGUAGAUAUUAUUUAUGACCCCCCUGUCAUUAACUCUUGAGUUACCGGAUGAACAUAUUAGCCAUAGCCUGUCUGUAUUUAUUUUGCUAAUGGCCUGUUGUAGUGCAUUUAUGAUAUAAAAAAUUCCCAGCCACUUGAUAAGAUGCACUCAGUUCAGUUACCCUCCUGCAGUACUUAGGGCCUAACUUUCAGAGCUGAGCAACUGGAACUCCCAUUGAUCUCACCCAUAGUGAAACGCAUCUGAAAGGCAGGUCCAUAGCAUUUAUUUGCUGAUGUGCCAAUAAGUAGUGAAUCCAGUUUUAAUCACUUUUUGGUAUUGGAAACAAAAUGGCAAUGUAGAUGAGUAGCUGAUCUAAACCAUUUCAGUUUGAAGACCCUACUACACUAGGGGACAUUGUGCUCUGUCGAAGUUUGACUGUAGCCGUCUAAACACCCAAAGGUAUAUAUUACUCUUAGCUAAUAUUUAUUAAAUUGGCUCAUGGGGAGAACAGUUUGGAAAAUCAAAAGCUUGUUCUGUUAGUAACAAAAGAUUUUGCUCCAUUUUAUAAUAUUUUUUAAGUGUACGCUAUAGUUUGCUUUGGCUGUCAGGCAGUUGUCUGCCUACAUCUUUAAAUUGGAUUAUUCAUUCAUAAAGAACAAAGUGGAAUGGUUAAAGGAAUUCUUACUCUUUCCGUGAAAGAAAAAUGGUGCCUGCUUUCAGUGUAAUGGUGGUUUCUGUUACAGAAAGAAUACUUUUUGCUAACAUAGUGCAAAUGCAAACACCCAAACCACAAUGUGCUCUAUUUCUACAAUAGACAUAUUAUAAACUUGACUGUGGGGUGGUGACUAUUGUUUAUUUUCAUGAAUCUGAUGACUGUCCCACUCAACACGGGUGGUCAUAGGAGGGGGAGGAUAAUAUAUGCAUCUUAUCAGUUAUAUCAAAGCUAAAAUUUAUUGACAGCUUUCGGGGUUGGGGGAAUGUUUUAUUUUAUAUUUUGGUUUGGCUCAUCAUUUCUAUUUCUAUUUAUAUACAGGAUUUGCUCUGUCUAAUGCACUGAUGGAAAUCAUUGUAACACCUCAUUUUGAUGUGCUGAAUGCAAAGACGUUAAAGAUAUAUUGUAAUAAAUGCAAACAGCUGAAAAAUAA